AUGAAACGGAUGACGGAAGUUGCCGCUGAGUCCGAGAGCCUCGUGUUGGCCUGUCCACCACGUCCCGAAGGCAGAUGGUACAUUCUGCUUCAACCUUCGUGCCUCAGGAUAUCCGUGUCUGACCACGCCACACUUCGCACACUCACACUACGCAUGCAGUCCGAGGCUCAUACAGCAUUAUUCAACGAAGACAUCCUUCGCGAGGUUGCUCAACAUUUUCGAACUUCUCGCCGAGAGGAUGUGAAUGCGCUUGGCCGCAUGGCACUGGUAUGCAGAGCAUUUUCUGAUCCAGCUCUAGAUGUGUUGUGGAGGAACCUUGAAAGCCUCCUUCCGCUACUCAACAUCCUAGCAAUUUCUGUGGACCUUGCCGAUCACGCUGGUGAUGUCAAACCGCCGAUGCGCCAGGCUUCCUUGACGUGUAUAUCUGACGCGCAGUGGAAUAGGUUUCGUUCUUAUGCCCGCCGUGUACGUUCGGUCCAAAUCCACCGGUACAUGGAGACUUUGCAUUCUCCAGUGAUAGCGCAGCUGGCCACCCGGUCGUGCGGAGAACCUCUGCUCCCUUCAUUGGUUUCUUUGCAGUUCGAUCUAAUCUCGGCUAAAUCUGUGUCCGAAAUCCUGGCCUUCCUAUCCCCAUUACUCCACGAUGUCACGUUGCAGGUUGGGUCGUGGGGUCUGGAUACAUCCUUCGUCACAGAUAUUGGUCGCGAUUUUGUCUUCGCCUUGCGCUGUGCAGCUUCGUCUCUGCGCCACCUGACGUUGGAACGUUUUGACGAUCCCGACUUUAUGACUCAUACGGAUUUCACCCCAUUCAGCGAACUGCAAACUCUCGACAUCGGGCGGUGUGUCGCUUCCUUUUCUGUCCUCUCGGCUUGUGCAAAGAUGAGCUCUCUCAUCACCUUGGACAUCGGUCUCAAGGGAUUGACAGUAGAAGACAUCAAGCGCUGCCAUGGAUUUCCUGUUUUGGAGAAUCUGUCGGUUCACAGUCACCCUUCCCAAGCUACUGCCCUUCUGCCCAUGUUGUCGACCACCGUAUUGCGUUCGUUCACGUAUAUCGAUCAGGCCUAUCAUGAUAGGUUUUUACGAGCACGACAGGAUCUUGGCAACUAUCGCGUCAUGCUCGCCGCCCUUCAUUCUAAGUCUGCAGCAACGAUCCGUGGCGUGUACUUCACUAUUGCAGUCUUCGAUGAUGUCAGUACUCCAUCAUUGAUGAGUGUCAUCGAUCCUCUCCUAGACUUCCGUGUGCUCGAAGAGCUCCGCAUCGAUUCCUCGCUUGCAGUAUCAGUAACGAGCGACGACGUGUGUCGAAUGGCGUUUUCGUGGCCCAAUAUCCAGACACUCGAUUUCUCGGUAUAUCAAGGGUCCGUUUCACCUUCGGUCUAUAGCCUGACCGAAUUCGCUCAGUGGUGUCCCUACCUGAUAUUCCUGAAACUCCCCGGACUUGACCCUCGUCCUGCACUGCCUCCAGAGUCGGAAUGGGUUUCCACCUCUUCUUGCUCUUUAAAAGGGCUCUGUGUGACGGGCCGCAAUAAUGUGUCCUUGGAUGCACAUUACGAGCAUGGCCAUUCUAUCGCAGUGGCUCACUUUCUGAACCAUCUCUUCCCCAACAUGACGAUGGAGCACUGUGUUGGGAAAGAGUGGACAGAUAUCAAUGCGGUCCUAGAAAUUCUUCAGGAUGCAGCAAGAAGAGGAUAUAGUGGAAAGCAAUCAUCAUAG